AUGGAUACUUAUCUGAAUGCAGAUGUUGUCGCCAACUCGCCUCGGUUUCGGCGAAAGUCUAGUACGUUCGUGGAUGCUAUUCACGAUCUUAGAGACAAACCGGAAAUUGCACCAGCACAACUCUACAGUACUGAAUCAGGCCGCCUAUUCCAUUCUGGCCGAAUUGUGAUCAUUACGGUUGGCUUGCCAGCGCGAGGCAAGACGUCACAAGAUAUCUGCGCUGGCUCGGCGUUAAAACUCGCAUAUUCCAUCUUGGGGAUUAUCGACGUGCGACCGUUGGCCCUGGACAAGACUUGCCGGAGGACUAUUUCUUCGUCAAAGGCAAGUGUCUCCUUUAAUGUGAUUCUCAUUGGCCAUUUGUCCGGCUCAAUCGAUAUUUUGCCCAAGCCCUCCGCCUCAUCUGUCCUCAUGAGACAAAAAAUUGUGAAGAAAUGCAGAGACGAUAUAUAUCAUUUUCUAAGUGAUGACAAUGGUCAAGUUGCGAUAUAUGAUGCUGUGAAUCCGAUUGCGGCGGGUCGAAGAUCGCUGGCUAAGGAGUUUGGCAAGUACGGAAUUGAGACCCUUUUCAUUGAAUCAUGGUGUGACGACGAGAAGAUAAUCGAAGAAAAUGUGCAACGGGUUAAAAUUUCUUCGCCUGAUUACAAAGGAUGGGAUCCUAAAGACGCUGUUAAAGAUUACCUAGCAAGAAUAUCGGCCCGCAUCCCACAAUUUCAAACUAUGGAAGAAAAGGACUUGAAUUAUAUCAAGAUGAUCAACGCAGGGGACAAAAUGAUGAUCAACAAUUGCAGUUUCGGGUACCUCCAUCACCGCAUCGUGUUUUACCUUCUGAAUUUGCAUAUCCAAAAUAGACGUACCUACUUUGCACGGGCUGGGACGUCCCUUGAAGCGGAUUCGUACAAGGCGGACGCGUCCCUUUCUCCGCAAGGGGAGGACUAUGCUCGAAAAAUGACGCAACGACUACUGGAGUACCGUGAAGAAGAAAGGCAGGCGGCGAAGGAGCAAGGUGAUUUAGAUGCAAUAACACGACCACUCAUCGUGUGGACGUCAACUCGGCGCAGAACAACGGAGACCGCGCAGUUCUUACACAAGAAGGGAUUCAAAACCCGACACAGGUCACAACUGAGUCAACUAAACCCCGGAGUAUGUGAGAAAAUGUCAGAAAGACGGAUUCGAGAGGAGUUCCCUGACGAGGUAGCGCAACACGAUCUGGACCCCUAUCACCAUCGGUACCCGAGAGCUGAGUCAUAUCACGACCUGGCUGUUCGCCUUGAGCCUAUCAUUCUCGAGCUGGAGCGUGAGAGAAAUGAUCUUCUUAUCAUUGCGCAUGAGAGCGUUCUUCGAGUAUUAUAUGGUUACCUGAUGGCCUGUAAUGCGGCUGAUAUACCCUUCCUAUCGUUCCCUCGGGACGAAAUUAUUGAGGUAAUAUUUAGAAACAUCGAUUUCUUCUGCGACAACCGAGAACUAAUCCGUGUUCAAAAUGUACAGAUUAUUCCGGGAAGCUACAGCAACGAAGCUAAAAGAAUACAUGUCCCCGACCUCCCGCCGGAAAUAAUUCCUGGCUCGCCUGAAGACAUCAAGAUACCUGUACCACCUAGCGGUGCUGUUUCUCCAAUGCCCGAUGGUUCUAGUAGUGCACUGACUAGAGGUGGAACUCCACAAAGCGGCUUCAGAACGCCUCGUGAUCCGGAAAGGAUCUCACAGCUCCACGUUGAGGAUGUCGUAAAUGAAGUCUUAGAAAAAAUGGAUAUCCUACACAGAGUCAUCCAGCAUGAACAGCUCCCUCCGUUCAUCUUUCAUGACGUUUUGACAGAGGUAUUGGAUGAGGACCCGAAUCGACGGGGAGUAUAUGCGCUUUUAGUUGGCCACACGGAUACGGUCAACGCGGUUAAGUUUUACACACCACCGAGCGGGAACCCGAGUCGUCAUCUGCUUAUAACAGGCUCAGUUGAUCGGACAAUAAGAAUAUGGGCGCCUAAUGGUUCGACUCCGCUGAGCUUUACGCUUGCAACGACGUUACAAGGGCAUGACAAUUCAAUCAAUUGUAUUGCGGUCGCAGAGAAAUCGGAUGUCUUCGUUUCAAGGGCGGCGGAUGGCUUAACCCUAGUGAUACCGGUGGAGGCCCUUGUGCUGGCUCUUGGCGGAACAAGGAGCAUCGUUCAGGUCUAUGUUGCGCAAGACUCAUCGAAAGAGGUACACUUUGAGCUAAAGGCCACUUUGACGGGCCAUGAAGGCUGGAUAAGAUCUCUCGCGUUUACGGCUGUUGAAUUUCCAGGAACGCAAGAUUUUCUCCUUGCUUCCGCCAGCCAGGAUAAGUACAUACGCUUGUGGAGAGUCCAUCCUGGGAAGUCUGCGAUUAGUGCAGCACCACAAAAUGCAGAAGAUGCGAUACUGGGAGGCAUGCAAGCUUUGUCAAAUAAGGCACAUACUUUUGAGUCUGAUGGAGCAGUCUAUUCGAUCACGUUUGAAGCUUUGCUGUUUGGACAUGAAGACUGGAUAUAUUCUAUUGCGUGGAAUCCGAACCCCGAGAAACUCCAGUUGAUGUCUUCAUCAGCUGAUAAUUCGUUGGUGAUAUGGGAAUCUGAUCCGGUUUCUGGAGCUUGGUAUUCAGGCUCUAGAAUGGGAGAAAUCAGUGUUCAAAAGGGAUCAACAACUGCUACAGGCAGUGCCGGAGGGUUUUGGGUUGGACUUUGGGCGCCGGACGGGGAUGUGGUCAUAAGUUUGGGCCGGACCGGCAGCUGGAGAUCUUGGAGAUAUGAGAGCGAUGCAGAUGCAUGGGUUCAGAUAAUGGGCAUCACUGGACAUGUGAGGUCUGUUAAUGAUAUUGUUUGGGAACCUAGCGGUGGAUAUCUUUUGUCUACGAGCGCGGACCAGACGACGAGGCUACACGCGAAAUGGAGUCGCGAUGGCCACGAUUCGUGGCAUGAGUUUUCAAGACCACAAAUUCACGGUUAUGAUUUGAACUGCAUUACAUCUUUGGGCCCAACAAGGUUCGUAUCUGGCGCUGACGAAAAGCUUUUGAGAGUGUUUAAUGAGACAAAAUCAAUCGCACAGUUGCUGGAACGGCUGUCUGGCUUUGCGCAAUCCUCACAAGAAGAAAUGGCGGAAGCUGCUAACAUUCCAGUUUUGGGGCUUUCUAAUAAAGCUAUGGAUGAUGCAGAUGUCGAAGAAGGUGACGAGAACGAAACGAAUGGAAUGCAAGGGGGAGUGCCAUCGCAGGCCAUACCUCUAGAUUUAGAUCAUCCUCCCUUGGAGGAUCAUCUGGCCAAAUACACCCUCUGGCCAGAACAUGAAAAGUUAUAUGGCCAUGGUUACGAAAUCUCAGCGGUUGCAGCAAGCAACAACCGGUCCGUUAUCGCAACCGCUUGCAAAGCUAGCUCGAUAGAUCACGCGGUUAUCCGCCUAUACGAUACCCAGAGCUGGCGCGAGAUACGCCCUCCGUUGGCCGCGCAUACAUUGACGAUAACCGCUCUUAAAUUUUCACCUGACGAUCAAUAUCUGCUGAGUGUAGGUCGCGAUCGUCAGUGGGCAGUUUUCGAGCGAGACGCGGCGAAUAAAUCUUUAUAUCAGCUAUUAACAUCGAAUCUCAAAGCUCAUUCACGAAUGAUCCUUAGCGCAAGCUGGGCACCGCAUCCUACAACAAAGGUGUUUGCGACCGCUGGCCGAGAUAAGUCGGUCAAAUUAUGGUCUCAAGAAGGUGGGACGUUUGUGUGCAAAUCGAAUAUUGCCAUCGGUCAUCCUGUCACAGCCAUUGACUUCCUGCCUACGGUUGUGGAUGAUAAAUUCUGUUUGGCAGUUGGAGAUGACUCUGGGGCAAUUAGCGUGCAUGUUAUUGCAAUGGAAAAUUUAAUGCCUGGCAACAGUGUGGCUAUACCCAAGUUUGAAAGCCCAUCCAAGAGCAUUACGCAGGUUUUAUGGCGGCCAAGCUCUACCUUUAGUAGAGGCGAUGUAAUAGCCAAGUAUCAACUGGCCGUCGCAAGUGAUGACUCCUCUGUCCGAAUUUAUAACAUUGAUGGUGUCCCUAGUUAG